AUCCUCGGGUUAGAAACGGCCUUGGUCUCAGCUCUGAACUCUGGAGAAAACCAUGAUUUACUUUGUUUAUUUUACCGAUAUUUUCAAACUUUAUUGUGAUUUUGAUUCUUUUAUAUUUGUUCAGAUAUCUCAGACGUAAAGCCGCUCCUCUUCCUCUUCCUCUUGCUGUGGUGCAUGCUGGGUGACUGAGGCGGAGCAAAGGCAGCAGCAGCAGCAGCAGCAGCAGCAGCUUCAGGUUCUGCUCGAACCGUCACUCACUUUGUCCUCUGAGGACUGCGGACAGCAGCGAGUCUGUGCGGGUCUCUGCGGGGCUCUGCGGGUCAUGGAGCAGCGUGGAGCCGCUCUGAUGGUGUAGCCAGGAGGGUUUGUUGAUUUUCACAGUCAUGGAGCCAGAUGUGAUCCGCAUGUACUCGUCCUCACCGCCACCAUUGGAGGAGGGGGGUGAGGAAGAGGAUGAAAUGUUUGGAGACUUCGGCACUUACUCUGGAGUACCCGGCAGCAUCAGCUUCACAGAGUUUGACACACUGACCACUUACAACCAGACACAAGCUUUGAACGCCACCUCCCCACCCGAGCUCCUCACCAGCAGCAGAGGGCUGAUGCCAGUAAACGGCGCCCACAGUCGCCAUAAUGAACACUCCAGGGCCAAUGGCAUCAUUCCAGUAAACCAUCAGAGUGGCAGUCCCUCAGAAAGAACUGAAAUGAAAAAGGCCACCGCCAACUUGCCCAACUUUUCAGCCAGCGACUCGACUGGUGGCGAGCUCGCUGACUGUAAUGGCGAAAGUGCAGCAGUGCUAACAAACGGGUUUGACGUUCAGGGAAGUCCCUCCUCACAGAAUUCUGUCCACUACCAUGUAGAAGGACGGUCUGCUGAGGACACGUCCGCUGUCCCUGUCUCCUCCCUAGCUGGCGAGUUUGCAGAUUUUGCUUCUUUUUCGGACAUUGAAGGAGGUUGCAGCCAGACAACGAGCAAGGACAUGGACACGGACACUCCCCCAGGGGCUGAGUGGACUGCAGAGCAGGCACCGUCCUUAGAGGACGCUGUCAGGGACACAAACAGCACUGGACCUGGUUCCUGCUGCACAGAUGCUGACUCUCAAAGGGAUGUAGCAGUUGCACAGGAACACUUGGAGCCACUUUGCACUAAUGAUUCCGUCGUGCUCAACGGGGCGGAAGCACCGAACUGGGACGAAGAUGACCUGUCACCUGACGCAACUGCAGACAGUGAGGCGGGGCAGUCUGACGAGAAGGGCUCUGGGAACGAGACGGAGACGGAAACGGAGACUUCUUUUGGGCGUCCGCUCUCGACAGAUGCUCUGGAGGAGUAUGGUGACAUCAGCACCACCGGCUCGGCACCCUCCCCGCCACUUCAGGGUGAGCCCUCGACGCCCGCCGACCACAGCCAGCUAGCAGAGGAUGACGAGGAGGAGGACUUUGGCGACUUUGGAGAUGCUGGCUCCUUUGGAGGUCAGGGCUUCGCAGACGAAUUUGGUGACUUCAACUCACCCAAAUUCCUCAGCAGGGGAGGUGAGGGACAGGAUGGAGGAAAGUUUGCAGAAUUCCCUGCCAGUGACAGUUUUGGGAACUUCAGCUCAGCUGUGGAGGGCACUGAGGAAGAAGACACAGGGUGGAGUGCCUUUGAGGAGCAGCAUCAGGUGGAGGAGGGUGAGUCGUGGGCGGAGUUCAGCACGGAGCAGAGCGCUGCUCCCUCUGCAGAGAGACGAGACGAGGAAGAGGAGGAGGAGUGGCAUGAGAGUGAAGCUCCAGCAGGAAACCAUGAAACCUGCAGGACAGACGUGCACACGGUGUCGCUGUUGAUUCGCCUGCAGAAAGUGUUUGAGAGCAGUUUUCCUCUGAACGCCGCCGCCUCAGUGGACGGUGACGUGGUGUCACUCAAGAACCUGCUGGAGCCUCGAGAGGACGCUGCGCCACCUGGAAACGAGGAGGGGACAAGCUCGUCGCGUGACAGGUGUGUUCCCGGCGUGUGGACGCAGCUGCAGGACGUGAACGAGGCGUUGGGUCUGCGAUAUCAGUGGGGCGGGUCUUAUUGUAACAAAACUCUGCUCUGCUGCCUCGGCAUCGACACCAGGAACAUCCUGUUCACAGGUCAGAAGAAGCAGCCGGUCAUCGUGCCCAUGUACGCGGCCAGCCUGGGAAUGCUGGAACCAACCAAAGAACCGCUUAAACCCGUCUCUGCUGCUGAGAUGAUCGCCGCCAUCGCUCAGACGCCACCGGCUGCUGCAGACCAAACUUCCUGUUCCUCUGACUCCGCCCAGCAGGAGGCGCUCCCUCCGGUCCAGUUUGACUGGAGCAGCAGUGGACUCAUCAACCCUCUGGAUGGCUCUUCUCUCUUAAACCUGGAUUUCUUUGGUCCUGAUGAUGAGUUGAGCUGCUGCACCAGUCUGCCAGGCGUGGACCCUGAACUCUACGAGCUGACCACGUCUAAACUGGACUCGGGAACGCCCAGCAGCCGCGUGGCCGACGCCUUUGCUCGCCUCAUGUUGACCAUGGAGAAGACCAGCACGUCCACCAGGAAGCCGAGGAAAGACGAGAAUCUGAGUGAGGAGGCGUCAAAGGUCAUCGCGGCUCUGCCCGACCUUUCCUUCAUGCAGGCCAAGGUUCUGAUGUUUCCCGCCACGCUGAUGCCGCUCGACUCUCGGAACACGAAUGACUGACAUCUGGCUUCCCUCUGACUCCGCCCCUGGCCCCGCCCACAUAUUCAAUCCCUUUCAUAAUGUUCCUCCCUCUCAUCAAUUUUUAAAUAUUUUUUUUCCUGACUUUUCAAAGUGAAGCAAAGCAUUUAUGAUUGGGGGAGGGGCUCUGUUGAUUCCCUGCCUCCUGAUCAGCAGACAGGAAGUGUUAAAGAAGGUGGUGAUGUACAUAAUCAGGGAUAAAACCUUUGUAUUUUAGCUUGUGAAUGAUUUUAUGUGUGAAGGAAAUCUAAAUAAGUUUGUAAACAUAUCUAUAUAUUUAUGACUGAGACCACACUGCCUGCUGAGUCAGCUGUUUUUACCUUUGAUUUCAUGCUCUGUCUGUCGGUGAAGCUUUUUAGACCCGCCCCCUUGCGAUCCCCUUCAUUCUGGAAAACUGGAGCAGACGUCUUGUGGGCGGAGCUCUGACUCGUCGUGUGUGUGUGUGUGUGUGUGUGUGUGUGUGUGUUGGGGUAAAAAUGGGAUGUUUUUGAUGAAAAAAAAACCACUGAAACUUUGAAAACGGCGCUGAUGCAUCACAAGGAAAUGAAGGGACCAAUCACGCGUCGGCUCAUUACUACUGUCGGUCCGUCUCCAUGACGACGAUUUGCACACUGUAAAGAUGUAAUGGAUGUAAUCACAGUUGACUGUGGAUCAUGUUCCUAUGGAAACGCUGAGUCAUGCGUCAGGCCCGGGCUGGCGUGCGUGCGCUGGUUCUGUUCACGCUCAGUGUCAUCUUUGACUUUUAGUGACGAGAGAAAUUAAACUAAUUUAAAACAAAA